AUGGGACUGGUAUCUCUGUACUGCAUGACACGCGGCUGUCGUAUGGCUGCCGGCAGACGGGGGUCGGUAGCUUGGCCCUGCGAAAACAGGUUGGCGGUUACAGCGGUUGAGGGGACUGGGCGCGGCAGUGGUACGUGUUGUAGUUGGUUGAGGGGAGUGGGCGCGGCAGUGGUUGAGGGGACUGGGAGCGGGGGGAAGAUGGUGACGGGGGAGAGGUAUCUUGACAACCAGUGUAAUACUAAUUGUAAUAUCGCUACUUGUAGUUGCUGCCCCUGGUGUUGUGACAAAUGUAAUAGUAGAAGCAAGUGCAGUAUAUGUUCUGAGAUAAAUACACCGCUCAGAGAGCGAAAGGUAUGCCGUCCUUCGGGAUGUGGUGCUGGAGAUUAUACAUGUACCAGCGAGGCUUGUGAAUGUAACUGUUGUGAACAGAAACGCUCUACCUCCCGUGCUCAGCACCGGGUCUCCGGUCAACAGUCUACUACCGAUUCUUCCCCCAUCCCUUACAUCAUCGUCCCCGUCGCCCUCAUCAUCGUCGUCAUCUGCGUCAUGAUAUACUUCCGCAUCCGGCCGUUCCACAGGGUGCGGUAUCUACUGCGCAGCUGA